GUGACGUUUACGCAGUGACGUAGUCGGGAUUUCCGCGUCGUUAAUAUGUGUUUCGUGUUAUUUUCAUCAGGCUAAAACCCCCAGAAAUUCAACUGUGGAAGUUUAUAUAUAUAUUAUAUAUAUAUGACCUUUGGACGAGGGGAGGCUGUGACCGUAGGACGCCAGACGGGACCCUGACAGCAUGCUGGCCCGUGUGUUCAGGCUACACGGCCUGCUGGUGGCCUCCCACCCGUGGGAGGUGAUCGUGGGGACCCUGGCCGGCACCGUGUGCCUCAUGUCCAUGAACGGGCUGGCGAGCAGCAGCCAGGUGUGCAGCUGGAGGGACUGCCCCAAAGAGGUGGAGGUAGCUCGCAGCAGUGAUGUCGUCAUCCUGACCAUCACUCGCUGCAUGGCCAUUAUUUACAUCUAUUUCCAGUUCAAGAAUCUCCUACAGUUGGGAUCCAAAUAUAUCCUCGGUAUUGCAGGUUUAUUUACAGUAUUUUCCAGCUUUGUGUUCAGUUCGGUGGUCAUCCACUUCUUUGGAAAAGAGCUGACAGGCCUUAAUGAAGCCCUGCCGUUCUUUCUCCUGCUCAUUGAUCUGUCCAAAGCCUGUACGUUGGCUAAAUUUGCCCUCAGCUCGAACUCUCAGGAGGAAGUAAGGGAGAACAUCUCCCAGGGCAUGGCCAUCCUGGGUCCCACGUUCACACUCGAUGCGCUGGUCGAGUGUCUGGUUAUUGGUGUUGGAACUAUGUCAGGUGUUCCUCAGUUAGAGAUCAUGUGCUGCUUUGGCUGUAUGUCUGUUCUGGCCAAUUACUUCGUCUUCAUGACGUUCUUUCCAGCGUGCGUCUCCCUGGUCCUGGAGCUGUCCAGGGAGAAUCGUGAAGGCCGUCCCAUAUGGCAGAUGAGCCACCUGGCCCAUGUACUGGCUGAAGAGGAGGACAACAAGCCCAAUCCUGUGACACAAAGGGUUAAAAUCAUUAUGUCUUUGGGCUUGGCCGUGGUUCACGCUCACAGCCGGUUUACGUCUGAGCAUGCGGGCCACAAUCGCACCGUGGAAGGACCCGUAGCAAAGAGACUGGACUCUGAUGGUACCAUGUGGCCUCUGAAGCUCACCAGUAUGGAGCUGGAGCAUGUGAUAACUCUCAGCCUCGCCCUGCUUCUCGCCGUGAAGUACGUCUUCUUUGAGCAAGCAGAGACAGAGUCCUCGCUGUCUCUCAGGAGUCCCAUUAACAGCUCCUUACUGACCCAGAAGCCCAGGACAGCAGAAGACUGCUGCAGGAGGGACCUUCCAGCCCUGAAACCCCAGAAGAGCGCAGGUGGCGUCCUGGUAACCAGCGCUAAUCCUUCAGACGGCACUCGGUGCCCUGAUAUCGCCUGUGACAACAGCGCAGCAGUGACCACAGCUGUCUCCAUGGAAACCGUCAGCUGCAGUUCGCGCUCGAGGGAGUCUCAGACUUGUGCUGUUCCCAGUUGCAAGUCGGAGCCUCGGUCCCUGGAGGAAUGCGUGGCCAUCCUCUCAGAUCCCCAGAGAGGUCCUCAAAUGCUCAGUGAUGCCGAGGUGAUGAGGCUCGUAGAUGCAUCCAAGAUCCUCAACUACAAACUGGAAACGGCCCUCGAGAGUCCAGAGAGGGGCGUUGCCAUUCGGAGAGAGCUGUUGUCCCCCAAACUGGCCGUAACUUCAGCCUUAGAUGACCUUCCUUACACGGGCUACGACUAUUCAAAGGUGAUGGGUUCUUGCUGUGAGAACGUCAUCGGCUACAUGCCAGUGCCAGUGGGCGUGGCCGGCCCUCUCCUGCUGGACAGCAAGCAGUUUUAUGUUCCCAUGGCAACCACAGAAGGCUGCCUGGUGGCCAGCACCAACAGAGGCUGCAGGGCGCUCUCCCUGAGCGGCGGUUGCAGCAGCAGGAUAAUAGCCGACGGCAUGACCAGGGGUCCUGUGGUGAGGCUGCCUUCAGCAUGCCGGGCUGCAGAGGUCAAAGUCUGGCUUGAGACCUCAGAGGGAUUCAACGCGAUCAAAGAGGCGUUUGAUGACACCAGCAGGUUUGCUCGUCUGGCGAAGCUGUCGGUGUGCAUCGCUGGGAGGAACCUCUACAUCCGCUUUCAGUCCCAGACAGGGGACGCCAUGGGUAUGAACAUGAUCUCCAAGGGGACGGAGCAGGCCCUGCACAGACUUCAGCGACAGUGUCCAGACUUGGAGUUGCUUUCAGUCAGCGGCAACUACUGCACCGACAAGAAGUCUGCAGCCAUUAACUGGAUUCUGGGCAGAGGCAAGUCUGCUGUGAGUGAGGCCACGAUUCCUGCCAAGGUGGUCAAAGAGGUGUUAAAGUCCAGUUCAGCCGCUCUGAUAGAACUGAACAUCAGCAAGAACCUGGUAGGUUCAGCCAUGGCUGGAAGCAUCGGGGGCUUCAACGCUCACGCCGCCAACAUUGUCACGGCCAUCUACAUCGCGUGUGGACAGGAUCCGGCUCAGACAGUGGGGAGCUCCAGCUGCAUCACUCAGAUGGAGUCCGCUGGUCCGGACGGGGAGGACCUGUACAUCAGCUGCACCAUGCCCUCCAUGGAGCUGGGAACGGUGGGAGGAGGCACCAACCUGCCACCACAGCGGGCCUCUCUGCAGAUGCUCGGCGUCGCCGGUCCCAACCAGCCGGGUGAGAACGCCCGCCAGCUCGCCCGGAUAGUCUGCGCUACCGUCCUGGCGGGAGAGCUCUCCCUGAUGGCUGCUCUGGCCGCCGGACACCUGGUGAAGAGUCACAUGACCCACAACAGAUCUAAAACAAACCUGUCUGCGACGCCUUCGUCGAAGUGAGGGCGACUGUCUGACAUCGACGCAGCGACCUGUGGACUUCAGACCACUUAGAAACACAGCCAACGUUAGUUUGCUCCGUGUGCCGCCCAGCUGACUGCAGACGUUACUAAUGUGUGCCAUUUGUUUGCCUCAGACAGGUUCUGUGGAACUUGUUGGUACUGAUCUUUGAACUGAACUGUGAAUCACUCAUCGUUUUUGGGUUGACGCUGCACUAGUCACGAACAUGGAUCCAGCUUGCUCAAUCAUUACAAGGAUAACGUCGCAACAAUCUCCUGUACAGUUUUUACAUGUGAAAUCGUCACACAGGUUAACAAUUUUUGAUUUAAACGUUUAUCUUUGCACUUGCCAAACGCUUGCUUGAGAUCGAACCGUUGACUCGGGUGGGGGUUAUUUGUUCAAACUGACAAAUCCUGAAUGUAUGUGUCAGUGUUGCGGGCUUCAGCUGGUUGACCCGUCGCUGACUGGAGGUCCUGCUCAGGACCGUGGAGCUUCCAGAGCUGCUGGUUCUGAUGGAGCUGAACAAUGAAGUCUGAGGUCGGUUCAGACUCUGGUCAACCACCAUUUUUUUUGUAUUAUAGCCAGGGCUCAUUUUCAAGGGAUUAAAAGCUAUAUUUAUUUAUCUUAAGAUUUAGUGAAGUAUUUAUUGAAAGGGUGGGAGCAAAAAAGCUCCACCACAUCCUCGACAGAGGUGUAAAGUGUUACUGACUGCAGAUCCUGCGUCUUGUCAUCUUCAGAAGUGGCCUUACAUACAGCAGACGUCGAGCUCUCGCACUUCACUCAUUCAAUUGCUACAAAUGCAUACCUGUAAGGGACAUUUUCUGCCACCACUGUCCCACCAACCCAACCGAGGUCCAGUAUCCCCUACAUUUUAAGAAUGGUUUACAAGAUAUCUAAAAUAUCAACCUGUAAACCACUUACAAACUACAAUUAUGUGCUCAGAAUCUGACAGGCCGACCUUUGUUGACACUGAAAUGCUGUGGAUAUUCAUAUGUAAUUCCUAUAAUAGAGCCUAAAUGAAAAAACACAAAAGUGAAUUAAAGCACAUUUAUUUAUUUACACAUUGUCUUCAAGUGAAACAUUUACAUUUUCUUUUAAUUUGUCAUUUUCACUCAUUUGGCCCCCUGGCAUUCACUGACUGACACAGACGCAUGUUUCUGAGUCUCCAGCUGCUGCUGCUGAUGGACAUCGGUCUUUCCCCCAUGAGAGACACUAAAGUUGCAGUUACAUCUUUCAUAACUUCUCUCUUGUUACAUCCAUCCAUCUCUGAUUUGUUGUUCCGAGUUUGUUCCCGUUGUCGCCACUAACCUCACGAGAACUGCCACCCAGGCUGGAGCAGGUGGCAGUUCUCGCGAGGCUAGUAACAAUUCAGUUUGGAGAGGCACAAUAAUAUAAUGCUUAAAAAAAAUUAUAUUAUAAAACGGGAAAUUUACGGGGAAAUACUAAUACGGGAGGACAGCGGGAGAGAGGGCUAAAAUACGGUCGUUUCUCAGCCAAAACGAGACUCGACGGGUAUGCCACUGUCUGAGAAAUAAAUACUAUGCUCCUUAUUGAUGUUUUUUGUUUG